AGGAAAAAAAAAACUAUGAUAAAUAUGAUCGAACCGAAUCUGAAUUAGGUUAUGAAGGAGCACGGCAUAAUCAGUCAUUUGGUUCGUGCUAUGGCUUCAGAGAAAGACGCUGCUCUUGCAGCCACUCCUCCUUCCUCUGAAUACACUCCCACCAUAUUUGACAGGAUCAUCAACAAGGAAAUUCCUUCUACUGUGGUUUAUGAGGAUGAUAAGGUCCUUGCCUUUAGGGACAUAGCUCCUCAAGCUCCUGUCCAUAUUCUAAUCAUUCCUAAAGUUAGGGAUGGGUUGACCGGUCUAUCCAAGGCUGAGGAGAGGCACUUUGAGAUUCUUGGCCGCCUUCUGCACACUGCGAAGCUGGUGGCGAAGCAAGAAGGUCUUGAUGAUGGCUUCAGGAUUGUCAUCAAUGAUGGACCAAAAGGGUGCCAAUCAGUUUAUCACAUUCAUGUGCACCUCCUUGGGGGUCGACAGAUGGACUGGCCUCCUGGCUAAUAUGUAAGAAAGGAUUCAUCAUAGUGAGCCAUGGGUUUGACAUGAUUCUGCAGUAGUACUCUGCUUAUGCUAUCUACCAAUAAUGGUUUCAAACUAAUUGGCUGCAUGUUAUGUAAGAAACUAUGAUGAUGAGUUAGAUGACUUGCGUUUAAACUGAUCUGUUGGAUAUAUGCUAAAACUAAAUGACAAUGUCUGUUUCUAGUUUAUGGUUUUUAA